AUGUCGAGUGCUGACAGUAUUGUAGCCUCCGUGCUGUACCAACUCCAUUCCAAGGAGCCGCUGUUCAAACGUUGUAUAUCGAUGUCCGGCACGCCACUCAUGCUCCGACCCCUCCCAUUACCUGUCGCAGAGACAUCAUAUGCCUCCAUCGUCCAAACAUUCGGGCUUGAGAACGCAUCGACUUCAGAGCGCAUUGAAAGGCUCCGAACUGCAUCGCCAGAAGAUCUCGUCGCCAAUACACCUUUGAGUGUACCUUUACUUCCUGUCUUGGACGGAGACAUCCUAUCAGAUGCCACAACCUUCGCAAAGCUUGCAUCUCACGAUCAUGCAAACCUACCCGGCAUGCAAUGGUGCGAAUCUCUGAUGAUCGGCGACUGCCAGCAUGACGGCAUAGUGUUCUUCUUCAUGGGUCUAUCACAACGCAAAGAUGGCAUCGCAACCGCACUGACAACCUCCCUGCAUGAAAAUCUUGCUACGUCUGCGACCCAAUCAGUACUCGAAGCCUAUAACAUCACUGCUUCGACAGAAGACACCGACGCUUUGAAACGUAUCAUGGAGCUCGCAACUGACAUUGCAUACGUCGCCCCAGCGCUGGCGUACGCAAGGUCGUUUCCGGGAAAGAGUUAUUACUACCAGUUUAAUGAGCCGAAUCCGUGGGAUGGAACAUUCAGAGGGCAUAGUACGCAUAUGCUUGACGCGGCGUUCUUGUUUCAGCAUUUCAACCAUGAAUUGUCGCCUGAAGCUCUGGAAGUAGCAACGACUCUUGCGCAGGACUUCGUCAGGUUUGCAAAUGGCGCUGAGCCGUGGUCGGAAUUUGAAGAGAAGAUGGGAAUGGUGAGGAAAUAUGGGCCGGGCAAGAUCGGAAUUGUUGGAAACAAUGGUUGGGGAAGUGGAAAGAGAGAUGUUUUGUGGAAGCUGAGUGAGGAGGGAAAGGUUGAUUUAGAUGACUUGAUUGGAGCGUGGCAUAUGUUCAUCGCUGGGAAGUGA